CAGUCGCAGUUUGUCUUGCAUGUUUCACACAAGUGAGCUUGGUGCAGCCUGGCGUGAUGGCUCGAGAUCUCUCCUCCUGUCUGGUCCUCGGCUUUCUCCUAGUCCACAACACUGCUUAUUGCCAUGGCGCACUGACUUCACCAAAAGAGGGUGCUGGAGCAGUAACGGAGCUCGGGUGUCACACCCACCCAGCUGCCAUGGUUCCUGAACGCUGCACCCAUGAUCUCCUCGGCCCCGUGGACACAGUUAAGCUAUGGUCUUCACGAGGACCUUUCCCCAGCGGCUCUGUCUGCGUCUUUCUACUGGGCGAGAUACACACUUGUAUUCGCUGUGACGGGGUAAUCUGGAAGCAGUUUCCUUGUUCUGACUAUAUCGGCGAGAGGCGGGUAAGGCGUCAGCUAGAAAUGGGUCUGCUGCCUGGAGCUGUGUCCCCAGACAUGCUUCACAUCAUGUGCCAGUUCUUCUGCAACAGUAUGGGUUCUAACCCCGAAGCCAGUGAACAUGCAGGUAGCGGGAUAUACCAACUUCCCGCCAUCGUGUGUCCCUCUGUACCAAGUCCGAUCGUGGCGCCCCCUGGAAGAAACUUAGCCGUUGUCAAAUGGCAAUUACCGCAAGCCAACUCCGCGGAUGGUACUUUUCUUCUCCCCGUGCCUGUGUCGGGGUCCCAGGCAUCGGGGUCGGCGUUCUCUGAGGGCAGACACACCAUCACGUACGCCGUCAUGGACUCCACUGGCUUCAAGGACACGUGUACAUUCUCGUUUGAUGUCACAGUAAUAAGGUGUGGAAUGCCUGCCUGGCCGCGGAACGGCAACCGAAGUUGUGGACACGGCGACGUGAUCUAUGGUUCCACCUGCAGCUACACCUGCGACCCUGGCUACACCAUGGAGGGCAAGCCACGCAUCACCUGCCUCUACGACGGAUCGUUCGACUUCCAACCACCUACAUGCAGAGCCAGGACGUGUCCGGGAUUGCAGCUGCCCCAACACGGUGUAGGGCACCAGUGCACAAACAGCCUUUACUCUGGUAGCGUCUGUGUCCUCGUCUGCAGCAGCGUCCUCGGCUUCCAGGCAUCGCCCCCUGGCAUCACCUCGUGUCUGUCCACUGGUGCGUGGACAGUGCCACAGCCGCGAUGUGUUGAUCUUCUUCCUCCAACAUUUGAGAACUGCCCAGACACGAGCAUUGUGAUUCAGGCUGAGAAGGGAACGACCACCGCUCUGGUGACGUGGCCGGACAUUGUGGCCAAGGACAACUCUGGCUACAGCAAUGUCCAGCAGAGCAAAGGUCUUGCUCCAGGGUCAAGGUUUACGCAGGGAGUGACCGAGGUUAGGUACACGGCGGUUGACGGUAGCGGCAAUACAGCACAGCCCUGUUCCUUCACCAUCAUCGUUGAAGUACCCAAAUGUUCAGUGCCCAGCUUCAAGGAUCGCUACAUGGAGGCCGAUUGCCCAUCGGGGUUUAAUUACGGUGCCCUUUGUAACAUCUCCUGCAGAAUGGGCUUGCCUCUAGAAGGGGCUACCUCGAUAACAUGUGAAAUAGACAACAGCAUCUCACCCACUGCAUAUUGGCACUUGGGGACAGCACCGACACCUGUAUGUAGAGAGAGACCGUGCGGAGACUUGAGCCCGCCGCGGAAUGGUGCUGUUGUGUGUGACCGGUGGGCCGGGGGGACCCUAUGUCAGAUGCAAUGCAAUGAGAAGUACGAUGUCCCGCGGACGGUGGCCAUCUCUCAACAUUUCGUCUGUGCCUUCUCGACAGGCCAGUGGAAGCCAGCAGCUACUGUGCCGGACUGCACAGAGUUACGCCGUCCAAAAAGUAUGCUGCUGCCGUCGGAGCUGUACUACUACACCGGGAACUGUGGCUCGACCUCUACUGUGGAACUCGUCAAAACCCAAUUCAUCAUGUCCCUAAAAGGUUCUGGCUCGUGGAAAGAUGCAUGUGCAAAAGAUAAAAACUGUAAAGUAGAAAACGUGCAAGUAGAGUGUGGGGACAUGCUCCGCCGCCGUCGUCAUGCGGCUAUGUCCAGUCGGAGAAAGCGGGCGCCGACCCUGGCGGCCCUGGUCACGUGGGACUUCAUGGUGGACUUCGAGAUGGGUAAUAUGACUGUGGAGGACGCCAUUAACAAACAUAAGGAUAUGCUGAAGGGCAUGGCGUCCAGGACCAAGAUUGACGUGCAGCAAGGUUUGUACGACAUCAACAUCACUGGAUUCCAGCUUCGACAUGAUUCGUUCGCCUCUGGCUGGAGUGACUUCUACUGCGGCAAAGGCUUGGUUCCCGUGUAUGCUUCAGCGUCAUGUGCGGCAUGCCCUACCGGGACGUACUACAACAACAUCAGCGACUGCGCCCCCUGCCCGCUGGGGAUGUACCAGGACAAGGACGGGGCGUUCUCGUGCAAGACAUGUCCAGCUAGAACAAGCUCGCUCACAACAGGGGCUAAGGACAUCGCGGAAUGCGCAGAGCUGUGUGGCCCCGGCAUGUUUUCCCCGACACGCAGCCUGCCCUGCUCGCCCUGCCCGCACGGCUUCUACCAGCCUCACCACGGAGCAGCGUCGUGUCGUCCCUGCCCUCCCGGCACCACAACGCAAUCAACACACAACAACAACGUCUCAGCCUGCACGGAGUUGUGUGUAAUGAUGGACUCAUCGCUCUACACAGCUUAUGACGUGCUUGUUGUUGGUCCGAUCUCCUUCAACAUGAGGAACGCCCUGACCGACGACCUUGGCGACUUUACCAUGGCUACAUGGAUCAAGACAAACGCAGCAGGGGCGACCAACACCGCCAUAUCUAUCACACAUCCGCACCGGGGAACUCUGGUCAGCUUGGACCUCGCGCCCACUUCUUGGACUCGGCAUGCAAGUAAUGGCAACAUAUCUUCGACAAUAAUGUUCCCUGUUGAGACAUGGACACACGUAGAGUUAUCAUGGCAUGAAUGGAGAAAGGAGUUGUCAGUCUACGUUGGAGGGGAACCCGUCGUCACCCGAACCUUCGCAGCAGCAUCCUCUCCACUCGUCACUGCUGGAGCAAGCCUGCGUGUCAGCACAGGCAUGCACAGUGAGGUGCUUCUCCAGGGUCUUUUCCUUCUCAGUUCACGACGUGAUGCUCAUCAGAUCAGAGCAAUGGCCCUUACCUGUGAUCAUCCCACUGAGAGGGCGCUCUUCUCCCUGGACGACAUCCCCAAGACAACCAGCAGCAGUAUCCUUGUCAUCACACCUUCAACAUGUGAUGCAAUCGAUGAAUGUGAACCCAUACCGUGUCCAGGCCACACGUGCAUCAAUAGACAUGGCAGCUACAAAUGUCUGUGUCAUGACGGCUUCACCGGCAGCAACUGCACAGGUGCGCCCGACUUCUGUGCGGACAACAUCUGUUACGGGGGCGCCUCCUGUGUAAACGAAGUGUCCAACUACACGUGCAUUUGUCCCCCUUCCUUCACUGGCCGCUACUGCCAGAUUGAGAUGAUUGACGUAGAUGGUGGCUGGAAUUUGUGGACUGAUUGGAGUACGUGUUCGGCCUCGUGUGGUGGAGGGUGGACAGUACGCAUGCGUGAAUGUAACAGCCCUCCACCUACGUACAAUGGAAAGCCAUGCAAUGGCUCGUCUGUUGAGAAAAAAGAGUGCAACACUAACGAAUGCCCGGCAUGUUUUGCAACAGACCUGGUACGAGGCUACGGGACACGGCCUACCUGUGUAGGAGACCAACAUGACCUGACGUGCUCCGUGUCAUGCAGGGAUGGUCUCAUGUUCUUAGAGAACCCACCUCUCUAUCACUGCACUGGUGGUAUUUGGAGACCAAGCAACCACAUAAUACCAUGUACACGAGCAAAUUCUCCCAAGCGACUAGAACUCAGAUUCGAAGGACGAUACAAAUCUGCAAAAUGUAUAGACAGCUUAAAGGCGAACAUCUUGUCACAAAAACUGAAGGACAAAUCAGCAGACUUUAACUGCCUUAUUGGCAACAUGUGCAACAUGACUGCCAAAGUAGAGUCUUGCCUACCUAUCACAAGACACAAGCGCUCAUCACAUGACACGGCUAUCAGCCUGUCCGUUGUCUUAGCUGUCGACGUGAAGGAAGGUGACCUUGACCUGGAGUCUUAUCAUACUCAUAAAACAGUCAGUCCCCAAUUAGCAUCUGUCCUGUCAGCUGUGAAGUUCCUGGAAGCAACAGCAUCACGGCUGAAGGAGACGGACUACGCCGCCUUUUGUGUGGAUGACGACUACAUCGUGGAGGACAUGGCCAUCACAUCACAUGUCACGUGCCCUGCUGGAUUCAUCGCUCGGAAUGCUUUUUGUGUUGCUUGUCCAAUGGGAGCGCACUUCAGAGGAGGGAGGUGUUUACUAUGUGACGCAGGCACAUAUCAAAACGAGGCCGGCCAGCGAAUCUGUCACCAGUGUCCACCUGGACGAAGCACAGACUUCCGCGGCUCUACGAACACCAGGCAGUGUACACAGAUUAAAACCAACCCUUCGCAUGGCAUCGCUUUUGCCCCGGGUGAAAGUCAAAAGUCUCCAUUAGAUGACGUGACAAAUGCUCCAAACCUACAUGAUGAUGGGACCGCCGUCAUCGCCAUUGUCGUCACCAUCUGUGUCGUGGCUGUCGUCGUGGUCGGGAGUUUCAACCUCAUCAUCAUAUACAAGAAACUGAAAAGAGAUCGGAAAGAGUACAUGAGCCCUCCCUCUUGGAUGUGGUCACUUCUCCGUGGUUCUCAGCACGUUAGGCCUAGCGUCAGGAACCCCACUACAGCUACUACAAGUACCUAACCACCUCAAGAAAGUCCGGGCCACAACAUAAACACCCAUUACGCAAAUUAUGCCCCGGAGUCCUCUAUUUAUUGAGACAAAAGACGAAUUUUCAAGGUUAAAAUAGUGACUGGUUUGGGAUGAAGAGCGUAGUUUACAUUGGCGAGACUGGUGCCAUGUCCUUCAUGGACAUGUAAGACUGGAGUACAUGAAAUCAUUCAUUACGUGAUUUGUGUGCAAAUAUCACCACGUACCCAAAACCUGCCCCCUUUUUUUUACAUUAUUUUUAAUGUUGGCUGUUAGGCAUCUGUCACGUGGAUUGGCAGUUAAUGUUAUUAAUGUUAUUCACUGUUCAGGGUUCACGAACCAUGUCUUCUUCCCAUCUAUACCCAUGGUCGGCAUCCAUUGAAAUCCAUACAAAACUACCUUCGCUGGUAAUAUGAUAAUUUCAGUCUUCACUCGAUCACACAUACGCCGUACUCAAUCACAAAUACGCCUACUCGAAAACACAUACGCCGUACUCAAUUACAAAUACGCCUACUCGUUCACACAUACGCCAUACUCAAUCACACAUACGCCGUACUCAAUCACACAUACGCCGUACUCGAUCACACAUACGCCGUACUCGAUCACACAUAUGUCGUACUUGACAAAGUACACCAAACAACUUCCGUAUCUGUUUACACUCAUUUGUAUGACGUCAUGAUUUAGUUUCAGCGGCAGGCGACCUCCUCACUUCCAGAUCUGCCAGACUGUCGUAGGAUAGCGCCAUCUUUUUGCGCAGUACACACACUAUCGCAGUACACUACACGUCAUUCACACAAAAGUGUCCACGGAUGUCGGUAUUAUCUCCAUUAACACUUCAGUUAAACUGUGCAAGUGAAGUUAUUGACAAUGAUGACAAUGGGCAGACAAACCAUUGUGGGCUACAUGCAAUUAUAAAAUUAAUUAACUUGUACUUCUAUAUUUCCAUAUCGAACUCAAUGCCUUCAUAGAUCCUAACACAAUGUUUGUAUAAUCUAAUUGUUUCGCACGUUUCAGUUGGUAGAAUGAUAAAGGGUUUACUUGUAGUAGUGGUGAAAAUAGUUACUGAUAUCACGCAAUUAUUAAACUUCCUUCCUGGAUCUAUGAUGCAUUUGUUACUAAACGCGGAUAGCUUAGAUUCCAGUUACUUAUCUAUCUUCAGAGGUUCAGGACAAUUUGUAAAAAGUUUAAGCAAAUGUCAAAUGGCAAGUGCCGGACUCCCUCAUUGAUAACAUCCAUGUAAAAUAUAGGGGCAAGACAUUUGGGCACGAGAUAGGCAUCCCAAUGGACACCAAUAAUUUAUUGGACUCCCCUGCUUGCUGACCUGCUUCUUUUUGCAAAUGUAUUAGAAUUUCUUGGCACGAUCAGAACCAGAUAAUUUGGCCAAGAAUUGUAUUCUGGUAAGCUUAAGGUACAUCGAUGAUCAGAUAUGUCCAAUGACAGUCAAUAGCAUAUUUCCUUACACUGAUUUACCCACCUGAACUAGAAAUAUAAGAGACCUGAGAAACCGCCCCAUCUGUUUCAUAUUUAGAUCUAUGCAUUAAGAUGCAAUGACAACUCUCCACAAAACUGUAUGACAAGAGGGAUUAAUUCAACUUUCCAACAGUCCUUUUUUUGUAGAGCAAGGAUUUCACUUUUCAAUCUCAACUUUUCAGAUACAAAUCGAGCAUGGCCUUCUAUCAAGAUUUUCAAAGAGGUUACGACUCUUGCUUCAACUUUCCAAUAGUCAGCUUUCCCUUUAUGUCGCGCAAUAUUCCAGAAACUCCAGCCUUCGGUGUCUACAUUUCAGAACUUUUGAUAUACAGUCGAGCAUGCUCUUUCUAUCUCCUGUAGGAGCCAGUUUUGGAUGAUGAAUUUGUGAGGCUGAACUCGCAGAACUAUGGCAAUAUGAAACUGAAAUGGUGCUGAUUAAAAAAUUAAAAGCGUCAAAAACCUUUCCACAUUCGAAUGUAAUCUCGUCCAAAAGCAGAGUCGACUGCACAAUUCUGACAUUACUUGUAUAUCAUGACUGUGUUUCUGAACCACUAUCAGAUAGUGAUUAUACUCGGUGUUAGCAAACAGGUGAUCGUAAUCCGCCCCAACAGUGGCACCCUUCACAAACACAUGUAAAGACAAGUCAAUUGUUCACCUGUAAAAUCACGAGAACAUAUGGUAAAAAUCAAAAUAAGAAAUAGCAUCAGACAUGAUUCUUGUCACUGAUGCUUUAAAUUUGGAAAUGUCCUCCUCACCUCUGCCAUGAAACGUUCUAAAAGCUUUACUGAGACCGUACAUGUUGUAACCCUGACAAAAAAACGCUUCUGAGCAAGAUUCGUAGGACUCUCUUUGAAAUCUUACAAAUCUUACAAAAAACCAGCUGCUGUGUAUAACAUCAUUUGUAGCUCUAAAGGCAAUCUGAGGACCCUGAAAUGUACUUCUUGUAACAAGGGAAUUUACAUAGCACACAAAGACGAUAGCCAGCAACUAAAAUGCAAUAAGAAAGGGGGAGGAAAGGUAUAUUGGACUAUAUCCUUCUAGUAUGUAUUACCAUUUAGUAUAGAAACUAGAACAAUGAUUCCAUAAAGUGUAAGCCAGAAUCAUCUACUGAAUCUUGUGGGUGGACUGGAUGAUCUGUUCAUCUGUCAUAGAUGGUUGGAUUACAGUCACUCACACCAACAUGUCUGUCGAUCCAAACUUAUUAAUGACUUGUGUAUUAUUAAAAAGUUAAUGAUUACCAUGAGAUGUUUAACACAUUGGACCAAUCACAAUGUCUCCAUUCCAACUUUCCUGGAAAUGGAAAUGAACCUCAGCCAUGGAAUAAUUGUGUACUUCCAUUUUUUGUAAAUUUUGUGACAAGUAAAAUAUGAUUACCUAUAA